GUCUACGUCAUCUUCCCCGUCUUCACUCGCGGGACUUUCCUCGCGCUCCUCAGGUGAGCCUGUCUCAGCGUCGCGUGACUCGUCACUGUCUGGAGAGUGGGAGUCCUUGGAUUGAGGGGAGGCUCCAAAGUGCGCAGACAGACCGGGGAAAGCAGCAGCAGCAGCCGCGGCCGCCGCUGCUGACGCGUGUGCUGGGUAAAGCCAAGGGAAAGGGGAGGCGAGAGCAGCAGCCGCAGGGUACAUGUACUUCUCAAUGUUGCUUUUGUCGAAAAAAGGCAUAUACGAUGCCGCAGCCGAGGGGUUUAUGAAGUAGAAAGGCAUGCAAAUAGGUGUCUGCUGUCCCACACCGCUUAUUCCCAUCAGUGAGUUCAUAAACGCCAGGUCAGGUCUGGUGGGGUCCGUACCGGCUAUCCCAUUCCCAGGCCAGUUCAUCUUUGGUUUCUUGGCAGCGCGAUCGUCUCCAAAUUCCUGCUUGAUCUUCACCGCUUUGUGUCCCUGCUGUGCCUUGUUGCGCUCACAUUCUUUGUCUUUAGCCUCACUCUUUUCUGCCUCCCCUCCGUAUCCACUGUCCGUGUCUGUGUCAUUCUCGUUAAGUUCCCCUCCCUGGGUCCUCUGGAUAACCGGGACGCAGUUCGCUUGGCUGUCUGAUUUCUGUCCGUCCUGAGAGUCCCCAGCGGGGAGCUGGUGCUGGAGCGGUGACGCGCCAGGUUGGAACUGCGCCAGCACCUUGUGAAGGUGGCCGAUGAGUUGCGCGCACCUCUGCUCUCUUGUCGUCCAGUUUUCAAAUUGACUGAGGUACUGCAGGACCUCUUUGGCACAGGCCUGGAACCCGGAGUGGAACGCGUCCAGAUCUGCAUGAAUGGAAGAUUUCAUCGACCGGUCCCCUGCGAAACACAAUGUGCAAAGAUGAACAGAUUAUUAUCCUGUAAAGUGUCACAAACAAUAAACCAGUCUAAUGUAACAACAUUCCUCCAAAUGUUUGGUAGUAUUGGAAAAAUGCGCAUUAUAGUCCGUGCCUUGUUGGUCUAUUCAUGGUCUUUUUCUGCCAUCAUAAACACAGACUUGCUCCAAAGAGCGGGCAGUUUAGUUUUAUGUUAUCCAAGCAAAUGAAAAUUCGAACAUAAUCUCAAAUAAAAAGACCAAAAAAGUGCGGCUUCUAAUUUAACUGUUCAAUUACGCACACGACCGUUCAACUUACCAUUCUGCAGAGCGAUUAUCUUCUGGUGCUGCUGCUCGGUGACAGCAGUCAGUGCGUUCAGAUGUUUCAGUGUUAACUCCAGGACAACUGCUUUCUCCAAAUGCCCGAGCGUCUAUCGGGGAAAACACAGAAGUUUAUAAGAUCUAUGUCAUACAGAACCAAGUUUCCUGAGCAGGUAAAUUUUUGUUGGGUCAUGAUCGUACCGAAAGCUUCAGAUGUUCGGGUAACAAGUCCUUCAGCUGUCCGAUACAUUCAUUGAUCCUGUCUCUCCUCUUCUUCUCUAUCAACCGGUGAGGUAACUUGUACGCGUCCUGCUGACACAAACACAAGGGUCUUUAUUGGAAUGUGGGUAAAAAAAAAGUUACUAUAACUCAUGGAUUUAUAAUUUUUAGUCUCUUGAACACAAACUGCUGUUUGAUGAAAAAAAAAAAUAAUAAUCAUGAUAGUGUAAGAAAUAGACAGCACACGCACCUUGCCACCAUCCUCUCGUUUUAUUCCUCUUUUGGAUUUGCACAUGUACAGAGAGGGAUAAUCCACCCUGAAGAGAGGAGAAAAGUGACCGAAUGUUAACAUGCGAGUAGCUUUACUGCGGAUAGUUUGAUAGAGUUUACAAAAAAGCAACACUCACCCCAAGAAAUCCGCGUGCUCCAUGAACUGUCUGUCCUGUAAAUGCGGUAUUCUUUCAUCCAUCACUUCUGUCUGUGCUUAUCCUUUCCUCGGCCUCUUUGGGGAAUGUUUGUUAUUCCGCGACCCACAGACGGACGGACGGCUGAGGGAGAUGAUGCACAGUGCGUGUCCUCCGGUGGAGCUGAGCUUCACACUGAUGUCUGGAGUUCCCUGAGCUGCCACUUCGCAAAGCCGUCGGUGUUGUGGUUAGAGCGCACGCGCGCCUCCGGUAGGGAACAGCUUCCGACUCACGUGUAGCCUGCACCAGCACAAAGUCCGGUAAUUAGACCUUCUGUGUGUAAUAGCAGCUAUAGCGUCGCUGUUCCUGUAGUGAUGUAGUCCAAACAUUUACGACCUGGUUGCUGAAACGUGAUUCAUGGGCAAAAUGUGGCGGGCUGAAAAAAGCACAGGCGUGAGGAGAGAGAGACUGAUACACAUUAUCCAGCAUACUUUUUAUAUUUUAGCUCAUUAACUUUGCAACUCGAGCCUUUCUUUGUAACCGUCCGGAAAGGCGGUGGUAUAUAAUAAUAUAACUAAUAUGACUUUAAACAUAGAAUAAAUCACAACAGUCAAAGACUAGUAGGGAAUAAAAACCCCUGUAUACUUUAAUUUAACUUUUUAUACAUUUAUGAUUUUCUUUUCUAUAACGUUAUUUAGCUUUUCGCUUAAAUACAUAUAUGAACACGUUUUGAUUCCCCCAUCACGGGCUCAGAUCCACUCAAAUCUAAAAUGAAACCACUUUAGGUUCAUUUGGUAAACACUGCAUAAACACGGGAUCCCUUUGAAACACUCAAGGUGUGCGCGCGUGCACGCAGCGUGUGAUCGUGCGCCUCUAGAACUCAGUGUUGUUGCCCUGAGCAGGGCAGGGUUACCUAGUCACACAUCUCCAGCCUCUCUGAGCUGCGUUGUCAGUAACCAUGGCAUCGGCCCAGCUGUGUGCUCAGACACGUGCGCCGCAUUUCUUUAUUAACCUCAGCAUGGGUGCUGCCGCUCUCCCACCUUCAUCUCAGCCUCUGUUUUGAUAAUAAAAUACUGACAACGAUUGGCUGAAUAUUUGCCAGACAAGGUGUUGGCUUUGAGUCUUAGUGUGAUCUUUACUUUGAAAGAAGGAUCAGGUAAUUCAAGGUAUUUCAGUUUGUUAUGGGAUAGUUUGAUUUACUAGAGAUAAAAGAGGGCAGAACUUUACAUAAAAAUAGAUUGUUACAAAUGAGAGAAGUUUAUACAUGACUCCAAGACUUUAAUGUGAUUGUCAGUGACACCUGCUCCUCUCUUCUGAACAUUAAAGCACUCAGAAACGCUAAAAUCUGAGCCCCUGUAAUGCCCUCACAUGCCUUAUGAUCACAUUACUUCUUCCUGUUAGUCAUGUGACUGUCUCUAGCUGGCAGCAUAUGGCUCUCUUGUGUAACAGUGUUGACAAAGAAUGAUCCAAUCACUCCGGCUCUCAAAUGAAGUGUGACCUCCUCUAUGCUGGCUUUCCAUUAACUCAUACCUGCUUAUUCACCUCUGUACUUACCCUUUUUUGUCUUAUGGAGCUAAAAAUGAAAUCAUGUCACUGUCGUAAGUCUGAGUCCCCCCUUUGUGUCUGCUUGCCCCCUUUCCCUCCUCUUCCUUUCCUCCACACUAUGCCGCCUGCUCUAUAUGUGGCACUGGAGCUGCUUUAGGAAUCCGGUCCAAAUGUUUUCCAUAUUAGUUCAGAGGCGUCUCUGUUUCCAAAUAGCAGCCGAGCAGGGCUUAUGGUGAGGGGAAGGCUUUGGCAGGGAGGGGAAAGGACAGGGAGAGAUGCAGACAGCAGACAGACUGAUCCACCCCAAACAUUUCUAAAGUAAGAGUUGAGCGUACAGAGAGGGAAAAGAGAAAGGUCAGAAAGGAGGAGAAAUGGGGAAGAAAGAUAAGAAGGAGAACAAGAAGAGGAGAGAUGAAAGCCCAGCACCAGAGGAUGGCAAAAAGUGUCGGUUUUGUCGCUUCCCUCUACUCGUCGCCGUGCUCCAGCUGCUGCUGGGGGUGUCCGUCACAGCCGUGGCCUUCCUCAUGUUGGCCUUCAGCCCCUCACUCUUGGCCAGAGAGACGCCACACUGGGCUGGGAUCAUUCUGUGUUUCAUCUCCAUCGUGGGUUUCAUUCUGUACUGCAUCACCUACCUCCCUGAUGAGAGAACAUCUAUGCAGUUCAUUGGCAAGCUCCUGUACUUUAUCCUGUGUACAAUCGGCUUGGUCAUCUCAGUGCUGGUCAUAGCGUUUGCAGGACACCACUACGCUCAAACCAGCAGCUUCAUCUGUGAGCCAGAGGGAGGGGACUGUGUCUGCAAACUGGAUGACACCGACCCCAUCGCACGCACCUUUACCUUCGGGGGUGUGAGCGACUGCAAGGAGUUCCCUGACACCUUGACGCUCUACUACCUGAUCCAGAUUGUGCUGAAUCUGGCCCAGGCCCUUGUCUGUGCCGUGGGAGCCUUCAUCAUGUGGAAGCACCGGUACCAGGUCUUCUUCGCUGGCCUGCAGAUCGGCUCUCCCUCCUCCCAGCAGUGGCAGAAGGUUUAAUGUGAUGAUGAUAGCGUUGAUGGGAUGACUCUUAUCAGACAGAUCAGGAUGGGGGAGGAUGCCAACUGUGUGAUUACACUCUGAAGGACAGGGACAAUUGCCUUUUCUGUGUGUGUGCGCCUUUUGUGUUUUACUUUGAUAUCACUUUAUAGUAACCUUUGGUUGUAGUUCUACUCUGAAGGCUUUUUGCACAAAUUUUAUACAUCCAAAAGUACGAGUGACUUAGUACUACCAGGUGCUGAUGUUCUAAGAAUGACUUGAAAGUAUGAAAAAGGACAGAAACAUCUAAUCUGUUUUAAAAACAUAAACAAAUAAUUUGUGUUAUGAAAUAAUUACUCACCAUCUCUAAAUAUUGUAAUUUCUCUUGUGAAACAUGAACAUGUUACAAUUCUCAGCAAACUAAAAGCGCGACACUGCAGCCAGAUUUAUUUAUGGCCAAAAAAAGCAUUGAACUUUAAAACUUUAUUUUUUGUGUUUUUAAAAUAUGGGUUGUAAGUUUGAAAUGACAGUGGCUCUAGUUUUUCACUCUACCAAAGCUAUGUUUAGUCAAAAUGUGGUAGAAAUAAAAUACAAGAAUAUAUUCUUUCUAUCCUAA